AUGGUCCCGCCUUCGAGAUUCAUCUCCGCGAACCCAAUAGCACCCACAAAACACGCUUACUUGUACGUCCUGUCUCUGUGGGUGCUUUACGACAUCUCACACAUAUACUGCAAGUCGAGUUUGAGACCGACAUGUAUCGAAUACAAGACUCGGUGCUUCGUAUGGAACCUACACGAAGACCUGAUCAAGCCCGCGGCGGUGUUUGCACGCACGUUCUGCGCCGACCUGGACAUCCCGACGAACCCCUGGGCGGAUACCGCUGCAGCUCAGAUCCGCGCACAGUUGGAAGAGCAUGCAGGUGUCGCAGAACUGGAUCUCGAGGUCGAGACGGAUGACGAUGACGAGUUGAUGGAGGGCGACGAGGUACCCGAGUGUCGUGUCGUCCUCAGCAUUGACGUUCAAAUCGCGAACCACCACCUCUCCGACCACAUCGAGUGGGACCUCCUCUCCUCUCUCACCCCGGAACAGUUCGCGAGCACGCUCUGCGCGGAGCUCGGGCUCUCAGGCGAGGCCGUCCCGCUCGUCGCGCACGCCGUGCACGAGGAGCUCAUCAAGCACAAGCGCGACGCGUGGGAGUGGGGCGUGCUCGGGCUCGAGCAGCAGCACGGCGCGGACGAGGACCGACCGCGCGACCGGAGCGGGUUCAGCCUGCUCAAGGACAAGACGGGGUUGGGGCUGUCGUGGGGACGGGCGCCGAAGGACGGGCGCGGGCCGAAGCCGCUCCGGAGCGUGUGGCGGGAUUGGCAAGAGGCGGAGGAGUUUAGGACGCGCUUCGAGGUGUUGACGGCGGAGGAGGUCGAGAGGAGGGAGAUUGAGCGCGAGCGCGCGAGUCGGCGAUUGCGGGAGACAUCAAAGUUCCAGUCAAGUUCCAGUAUGUAG